AUGGCGGCGUUUUUGCUGAUGUUGGCGGCGGCGGCUCGUCAGCUCGGGCGGAGGCGCGGAAGGAGGGAGGCCGAGGACGCGUUUGACAUGCCAGAGGAUGUGUUUCGGCAGCACUUUCUUCUGAGGAAGGAAACUGUGCGGUGGCUGUGCGACGAAGUGGCGGAGGAGCUCGGAGGCGUGCGAUCAACAACGCUGUCGGUGGAGCGACAAGUGUGCGCGUUGCGUUUCUUCGCGACGGGCAGCUUUCAGGGGUCCGUAGGGAGCGAGGAGACAAUUGGCGUGACGCAGCCUGCGGUGAGCAAGUGCGUACGACGCGUGGCGGAGGCAAUCGUUCACGCCGGGACCUGUAACAAGUGGGUCCACAUCCCUAGGACGUCGGAAGAAAAGUCGGCCGUGAAAAAAGGGUUCCUCCGACGCGGCUGCAUUCCCGGCUGCGUGGACGGCAGCCUUAUUGCCAUCAUCGCACCGAAGGGCGACAACAAGGCGGCAUACAUGUGCAGCAAAGGCUUCUAUGCCCUUGACAGCAUGUUCGUAAGUAUCGUCAUGUUUGUCUAA